AUGGCAAGUCAGAGUCCUCGAACUCACAUUGGAAAUUUUCGGCCGGUGGACAAAAUUGCAGUUCAUGAAGAUUCUGUAGCCUACGCUGCGGCAGGGACUUCUCUUCCAGAUGUGCAGUUUUCGGAAAAUCUAAAGAUACUCAAAUGCAAAGGUGUGUUUGUAGACUACGUUGAUGGCAUUGGUGGUCUAAUAGUCAACCAUCGGAACUGGACUGGAGCGACCGAGAACUCAGAUGUUCAAGUGCAAAUACAUCAGCUCAUCAACUCAUCAUCUCCGUUCAACACUACUCGAUACUCAGAAGGGGACUUGAGUUCUGAGAAUGCCCUGGCAAUCCUAGAUGAUGUCUCUCGCUGCCUAGUUCUAGAUCGUAAAGAUCGAUAUCUCAUAUCCGCAACACCACCAGGCUUCUUCGGUUCCUCUUUCUUGGACUUAUGUCUCACAGCAAUGCGACACCCCGAAAAUGCCCUUUCAGACUUCCUAAACUGGUUCGAGCUCAAUAGGUCGCUCUUGAUCUAUGGCGACACGUUAGAGAAUAUAUGUCUUGCAGUUGAUCCAGCACAACUUGGUGACGUGGAUAUUCCGACAAGAGAUGUAUUUCUAUCAAGAUUCAAAGACACGACAAAGAGCAUGACACGAAGAUUGGUUACCACGAAUACCGGGUACAUUGGUAUGGGACCCUGUCGAGUCCAAAAGGGAGAUAAGAUUGUUGUAUUACUUGGUUGUAGCAUUCCUUUGGUUCUUCGCCCUCGUUCUGAAAUCCACUCGUAUGAAGUCAUUGGGGAGUUUUACCUGCAUGAGUUUAUGAGCGGAGAGGUUUUGGAGCGGUUUGAUGGCCAGAACUCUGAAAUUGAGGAGUUUGAACUUUCAUGA